AUGGAAGAUGAUGUGAUCUUCUCAGGUGUGGAAUUCAGAUAUUCUUGUCAGACUGUGAGGGACGGUGCCGGACCAUCGUAUUCCUCUUAUCCUGAGGAACCUCAGACUGUGCGGGACGGUGCUGUCCUUCCAACAGAAAAGAGGUUUUCUUGUACUGAGUGCGGGAAGCGUUUCAAUUCUAAGCCUGGUCUUAAUAUGCAUAAAAAAAUUCAUACAGGUGAGAAUUCACAUUCCUGUUCUGAGUGUGGGAAAUGUUUUCCAACUAAGUCACAUCUAUCUUUACAUCAGAGGUCUCACACGGGUGAGAAGCCGUAUUCCUGUUCUGAGUGUGGGAAAUGUUUUCCAACUAAGUCACAUCUAUCUUUACAUCAGAGGUCUCACACGGGUGAGAAGCCAUAUUCCUGUUCUGAGUGCGGGAAAUGUUUUUCAAGAAAGCCGCUUCUUCUCAUACAUCAGAUGUCGCACACGGGUGAGAAGCCGUAUUCCUGUCCUGAGUGCGGGAAAUGUUUUCCAGCAAAGUCAAAUCUUGAUACACAUCAGAGGUUGCACACGGGAGAGAAGCCAUAUUCCUGUCCUGAGUGCGGGAAAUGUUUUGUACAAAAAUCACAACUUGUCACACAUCAGAGAUCUCACACUGGUGAGAAGCCACAUUGCUGUUCUGAGUGCGGGAAAUGUUUUUCAGAUAAGUCGAAUCUUCUCAGACAUCAGAAGUGGCACACGGGUGCGAAGCCGUAUUCCUGUCCUGAGUGCGGGAAAUGUUUUUCAUUUAAGUGCAAUCUUGACACACAUCAGAUGUUGCACACGGGUGAGAAGCCGUAUUCCUGUCCUGAGUGCGGGAAAUGUUUUUCAGUGAAGUCUAAUCUUGACAAACAUCAGAUGUCGCACACGAGUGAGAAGCCAUAUUCUUGUUCUGAGUGCGGGAAAUGUUUUUCAGUUAAGUCGCUUUUUCUUAACCAUCAGAGGUCACACACGGGUGAGAAGCCAUAUGUCUGUUCUGAGUGUGGGAAAUGUUUUUCAGAUAAGUCCGGUCUUUCCUAUCAUCAGAAAUCAUCUCACACGGAUGAGAAGCCAUAUUCCUGUCCUGAGUGCGGGAAAUGUUUUUUAGUUAAGUCAAAUCUUUACAGACAUCAGAUGUCGCACACGGGUGAGAAGCCGUAUUCCUGUCCUGAGUGUGGGAAAUGUUUUUUGCAGAAUUCAAGUCUUUACACACAUCAGAUGAUGCACACGGGUGAGAAGCCGUAUUCCUGUCCUGAGUGUGGGAAAUGUUUUUCACAGAAGGCCAAUCUUAACAAACAUCAGAGAUCUCACACGGGGAAGAAGCCGUAA